AUGCAGUACACGCCAUAUGCGUCCGAUAUUGAGCUGCCGUUCUACACGGCACUCGCCUCGCAUAAGAUCAACCAUGACAUGCUGGACGACUCCGCUCGCUCCAUGUUAGGGCUCUACGAGAUUCGCCCCGCCGACGCGGACAAUGCUAGCUGUCGAAUGCAGAUCCAUGGAAAUGCGCUUGCAAAUAACGAAGCACCAACAGGUUAUUACCGUGCAGAAGGCAUGAUCAAGAAUGUGAAUACGAUUGAGGAAUAUCGCAACAUGGACAAGCCACAUAUGAUCCUCCAGGCAGGGAAAACGAUCUGGGAUGCCAUCAAUGACGGUACCAUCUACUCGUGCCCAUCCCUGCUAUCAUCCUUCAUCAUUAUCUCUUUUGCCGACCUGAAGAAAUAUAAGUUCUACUACUGGUUUGCAUUCCCUGCCCUCCACUCGGAUCCGUCCUGGGUCCCAGUGGGCUCAGCUGAUCAUCAAGCCGGGGAGGCCUCACCCCCGGGGGAAUAUCUUGCUUCUCUGGAUAGCACUGCCCUGGUAGAUGCGGUGCAAACCUGGAGUUAUGGAGUCGAUAGCCGACAGCGCGGAUUCUUCCUAGCCCGCAAGCAGCGGAAGAACCCAAGCAACUCGACCGAGAGCACCUGGAGAAUCGCUUCGUUAUCGGAAUACGAGAACGGCUUUUUCACCGGUGCCGCACCCGAUGACCGGUAUGUCUGCUUCGCGGAUCCGUCCAAUUAUGAGAGUGCUCCGGGCUGGAUGCUUCGGAAUCUGUUGGUCCUUGUGAAACAACGGUGGGGUCUGGACCGGGUGCAGAUUCUACGAUAUCGCGACGUUUUAUCCAGACGUGAUCAGGGUCGUAGUAUGGUGAUCCGUCUGGAAUCCACGCCUGCGGGGAAUAUUUCCAAGGCGGCCAACACCCGGCCAACGCCCGGCCAGAUGCCGAAAAUCACCGGCUGGGAGCGCAACCCUGCUGGAAAGUUGGCAGGAAGGAUUGUUAAUUUAACGGAAUACAUGGAUCCUAUCAGGCUGGCAGACCAAUCAGUCGACCUCAAUCUCAAACUCAUGAAAUGGCGCAUCAGCCCGUCGCUGAAUCUCGAGAAGAUCAAGCACACCAAGUGUCUUUUACUCGGGGCUGGUACGCUGGGGAGCUAUGUCUCCCGCAACUUGCUGGGGUGGGGGGUGAAAAAAAUCACCUUUGUGGACAAAGGCACUGUUUCAUUCUCCAAUCCCGUCCGCCAGCCCCUCUUCACGUUCGCCGACUGCUUGAAUGGCGGCGCACCAAAAGCCCACCGAGCAUCAGAGGCCCUGAAGGAAAUCUAUCCGGGAGUUGAUACCGUUGGGCAUCUUCUUUCGGUGCCCAUGGCGGGCCACCCCAUCAUGGAUGAAGAGGCGACACGGGCAGAUUUCAAAGCUCUCCAAGAACUCAUUGACGAACAUGACGCCAUCUUUCUUCUCAUGGACACCCGAGAGUCACGUUGGCUACCUACAGUUAUGGGGAAAGCAGCGGGGAAGAUUGUAGUGAACGCAGCAUUGGGAUUCGAUUCAUUUGUUGUAAUGCGCCAUGGAGUUUCUGGGGCCGAAGAUGCACCGGCGGAUCUGGGAUGCUACUUCUGUAACGAUGUCGUUGCGCCCGCGAAUUCGAUCAAAGACCAGACUCUCGAUCAACAGUGCACCGUCACCCGCCCUGGAGUCGCUGCGAUAGCCUCUGCGCUUUUGGUUGAACUGCUCGUAUCGAUCCUUCAGCACCCACAGGGCGCCGCAGCACCAGCCCCACUGACCCGUAGUGACGAUCGCGGGGAUCAUCCUCUUGGGCUUGUGCCACAUCAGAUUCGAGGGUUCCUUGCAACAUUCGAGAAUAUUACCGUCACCGGCCAAAGUUACUCAUGUUGCAGCGCUUGCUCGGAGAAGGUGGCCAGUGCAUACCGAGAACAAGGCUGGGAAUUUGUGCGAAAAGCCCUGAACGAGCCUGGGUACGUGGAAGAACUAAGCGGGCUCAAAGAGGUUCAAGAGAAAGCCGAAGCAGCCCUGGCCGACAUCGAGUGGGAGGAAGGUUCAGGGAAUGACGAGCUUGAGAUUCUGUAG